AUGCCAGGCAACCCAAUCAUGACUUCCUCCGAUCAGCGCCCCGUGAGCGUUCUAUUUGUCUGCCUAGGAAACAUCUGCCGUUCACCUAUGGCCGAAGGUGUUUUCCGAAAUGUCGCCGAGUCACAUCCUGCGAUUGGUGAGAUCGAUUCCGCCGGUACAGGCGCAUACCACACACUCGAACCCCCCGACUCCCGCACCAUGUCCACUCUCCGCCGCCACAACAUCACCAACUACUCCCACGCUGCUCGCAAAGUCAGCAAAGAUGACUUUUUGAAAUUCGACUACUUGUUAGCUAUGGAUAAGUCCAAUCUACGGGAUCUGUUGGAUGUUCGGGACUCGGUCAUUAUGUCGUUGCAGCGCAAGGCAAACGCCAAAUCUGGGGCGAAGCUUACCCCGGCGGCGAUCGACGCUGCAUUGAAAGAAAAUGGCGUAAAUACCCAGGUUGCCGAGGUUCGUCUUUUUGGUGACUUUGGUCCUGGCGGGAAGCUGCAUGACCGUGUUGGAGGGGGUGAGGUGGUUCAGGAUCCUUACUAUGGUGGUGCGAAUGGCUUCGAAGAAGUCUACCACCAAGUCGUGCGGUUUUCGCAGGGCUUCCUGGAUCAUGUCACCAGCUCAGAGUAA